AUGGGCAAACUCGAUGGAAAAGUUGCUCUCAUUACUGGUGGCUCGGAUGGCAUUGGUUUAGCUACCGCUCAGUAUUUCAUUGCCGAAGGUGCAGACCAUGUUUUCAUCACUGGAAGACGUCAAGAGAUGCUCAACGAAGCCGUAAAAAAAAUUGGUAGCAAGAAUGUCACUGCUGUGCAAGGUGAUGUAUCGAAUAUGGCUGAUCUCGACAAGCUCUAUAGUUUAAUUAAGAAAGAAAAGGGUCGACUGGAUAUUCUUUUCGCCAACUCUGGUAUCGCCAAACCUGCACCGCUGGGCUCGAUCACUGAAAAAGAUUUUGACGAUGAAAUCAACGUUAAUGUCAAGGGAGUGUUAUUCACUGUUCAGAAAGCUUUACCGAUCUUUGUCAAUGGUGGAUCAAUCAUCUUGAACUCAUCUAUCUGCUCCACCAAAGGACUUCCGUCUCAGAGUGGCUACAGUGCAACAAAAGCCGCUGUUCGUUCUUUUGCCCGAUGCUGGACAGUGGAUUUGAAAGAUCGCAAGAUUCGGGUCAAUGCUGUCAGUCCUGGACCAAUCGACACGCCGAUGCUAAGACGUGCCGGGAAGACCGUAGAGGAAAAGAAAGCGUUUAUCGACAACGUAACGGCUGCUACAGUAAUGAAUCGUCUUGGCACACCUGAUGAGGUGGCGAAGACUGUGGUGUUUCUCGCUUCGGACGACAGUAGUUACGUCACUGGCAUCGAACUGUGCGUCGAUGGAGGCUGGGCGCAAGUUUGA